CGUAUUAAUACCAUCUACUGAGUAUAAUGUCCAACGUCUAUCAUUCAUCAUCGUCGCGCAGUAUUAAAUCUAAUUGUAUCGUUUAUUUGUUCAUUGGUUUUUUCUUACUAUAGAAACAAUAUAAACAUCAAUAAUUUCUGUCAUUAAUUGUGAUAACCCUCUCAUGUCAAUGAAGAUUCUUAUUAUUGAACUCUUCAACCAUUCCAACAACUGUCAAAAGAAAUUUGAGGUUAGAUCGAUCGAAUCCGCUAUGACCAUUCACUUCGUCUAACAAUUUGGGACUAAGUCGUCUGGUAGUGUCUUAUUAGAGUGUCAACUGCGUACAAAAACGAAAAGAGAACAAGAAUUGGUGAAGUAGAACAACAACAACAACAACAACACAAGAAUGAAUUUAUCCUUUGCGGGCUGUGGAUUUUUGGGAAUUUAUCAUGUUGGUGUUGCUGUAUGUUUUAAAAAAUAUGCUCCGCAUUUACUCUUAGAUAAAAUAAGUGGAGCUUCGGCUGGAGCGAUGGCCGCCUGUUGUCUUCUUUGUGAUUUACCCCUCGGAACAUUUACGAGCCAUCUGUUGAAACUGGCGAAAGAAGCCAGAAAAAAAACUCUUGGGCCCUUUAGUCCUUCAUUUAAUGUCCAAACAAUAUUAUUGGAAAGUUUGCAAAAGUAUCUCCCAAAUGAUGCUCACAUACGGGUGAGUGGCAAAUUGCACAUUUCAUUGACACGAGUCUAUGAUGGAAAGAAUGUAAUUGUAUCGCAUUUCAAUUCACGGGAAGAUUUGUUGCAAGCAUUGCUGGCUAGUUCAUUUGUUCCGUUAUUUUCGGGACUUCUACCUCCAAGAUUUCGUGGGAUACGCUACAUGGACGGAGGUUUCAGUGAUAAUUUACCGACAUUGGAUGAAAAUACAAUAACGAUCAGUCCUUUCUGUGGUGAGAGUGACAUUUGUCCGCGAGAUAUUUCAUCACAAUUGUUUCACGUGAAUUUGUCCAACACAAGUAUCGAAUUGUCUCGUCAAAACAUUUACAGAUUUGCGAGAAUACUUUUCCCACCUAAUCCAGAGAUACUCUCUCACAUGUGUAAACAAGGAUUCGACGAUGCGCUUCGAUUUCUUCAGAGGAAUAAUCUGAUAAAUUGUACACGCUGUCUAGCUGUACAGUCAACUUUCGUCAUUUCGGAAACUCUGGACGAUAGUAUGGAGUAUGAUCCCGAGUGUAAAGAGUGCAAAAUUCAUCGUCAGGAAGCAUUAGUAGCCAAUUUACCCGAAACCGUUAUGACAAUAUUUCAAGAUGCAAUAGAUUCUGCAAAUAAAGGGAUUAUCAAUUGGCUAUUCAAGCACAAAAGCAUCAAAUUGCUAUCAUUUUUAAGUCUUCCUUACACCCUACCCCUAGAGGUCAUCUGUGCAACUCUUAACAAGAUUUUGACCAACAGCCCUAAACUACACAAUGAAUUAAUUGACGUGACAAAAUAUCUAACCGAGCAGAUAUGCCUCGUUGUUUCUAAAAUGAAAAUUUAUAAUAUCAGAAUGCCUCAAAUGAUAGAUUGCCAGUUAAGAAUAACUGGAUAUGAUUCCACUGUGGAUAGAAGAAAAUCCGUUGACGAGCUGAAUGUAGCAUUGAAGUACAAUGAAAUGUUGUCGUGGCAAGAGGAUCUUCACAAAUCGAGUUGCGUAAUAGAUAUAACUGAAUUUUCUUCAAUCGAUGGGUCUUUUGACAAUAUUCUACAGAUCACCUCUGACCAAGAAACACUGAUGGCAUAUUAUUACAUGGACGACGAGAAUAACAAAAUUCAAAGGACGGAAAUUUUUGAUAUUUCGGAUAACUCAGUUGUUGAUGCACAUAUUUCAAGUAAACAACGCCGACCAUAUGGCGAUGAAAUUCCCUGGGAUGAACCUGCAUGGCUUACGCAGCACAGCUUUACUGAUGCUAAUGAUUUUCACAUAAAUGAGACACCAAUGGUCAGCGCACAUUCGUAUUCUCAUUCCCACCCAGAAGAACAAAAUGGAGAGAAAAAAAUUAAUGUCGACGCUCACUCCGACAUGUCGAUAGAUGAAUCCAAUAUAUUCUCUGAUCCAGAAAGCGAAUGGACACCGUCCGUAACCACGACUAAUGUCCCUUCACUGAGUACGAGUUCCACAUCGGAUUCAAGACCCGAGGUUGACCAACCGAACGAAUAAAUUCAUCUCUCAAGUUUUUACAACAUUUAAUUAUACAAUUAAUUGCGGCAAUGAUUAGAGGGUCAAUAAACGAGAGAAGAAAUGAAAAAAAAAAAAA